CCUUCCCGCAGUGUGCGCGUGUCGUCCAAGCUGCUCGGAUGCCGCCGAGCAAGUGAUUGUUUUUUUUCCCUGUCGGAAGAUGAAGAUGGGACCAUGUGAGGAAUUCCACAUGGAUGCUUGGAUCAGGAACACCGCCCGUGACACCCCCCGCUGCCGCCACCCCCGCAUCUUCAUCAUCACCAUCUUCUUCAUCACCCCCAGAGGCGUUGGAGAGCAGCAAUGGUCAAGUCAGCGAGAACCGCAGUGGCGCCGCACUGAGGCAAAUCCGUCCAAGCAGCCCCUGGUGGUGUCCCGGGGGUGAGGGGGGGUUCACUUUAAGGGGCACGGGAAGCCGAGGAGAUCCCAAUCGUCCGUCCCCGGAGCUCAGAGCGACCCGCGUCCCCGCCGCAACAUGACGGUGGCAUCAGGAGACAACGUGGACGAGACUUCGGCCGUCCCCGGCCACCCCCAGGACGCCUACCCGCCCCCGGAUCACAACGACCACGAGUGCUGCGAGAGGGUGGUCAUCAACAUAGCCGGCCUAAGGUUCGAAACCCAGUUGAAGACCCUGUCGCAGUUUCCCGAGACGCUGCUGGGGAACCCCAAAAAGCGAAUGCGCUACUUCGACCCCCUGAGGAACGAGUACUUCUUUGACAGGAACAGGCCCAGCUUCGACGCCAUCCUGUACUACUACCAGUCGGGGGGGCGGCUACGCAGACCGGUCAACGUCCCCUUGGAUAUGUUCUCGGAGGAGAUCAAGUUCUACGAGCUGGGAGUGGACGCCAUGGAGAGGUUCCGAGAAGACGAGGGCUUCAUUCGGGAGGAGGAGCGCCCCCUCCCCGACAGGGAGUUCCAGCGUCAGAUCUGGCUCCUCUUUGAGCACCCGGAAAGCUCGGGAACGGCCCGAGGGAUCGCCAUCGUGUCAGUCAUGGUCAUCCUGAUCUCCAUCGUCAUAUUUUGCCUGGAGACCCUGCCCCAGCUGAAGGACGACCCCAUGGGGCACAUGGAGACCGUGGGGAACACCACCAUCUACUACAAGCCCAACAUCCUCACAGACCCUUUCUUCAUCAUCGAGACCCUCUGCAUCAUCUGGUUCUCCUUCGAGUUGAUCGUUCGCUUCCUGGCGUGUCCCAGCAAACCGGCGUUCUUCAAGAACAUGAUGAACACCAUCGACAUCGUGGCCAUCAUCCCGUACUUCAUCACGCUGGGCACCGAGCUGGCCGAAGACUCCGACACCGAAGGAGUCGGCGAGCAGGCGACCUCUCUGGCCAUACUCAGGGUGAUCCGUCUGGUCAGGGUUUUCCGCAUCUUCAAACUGUCCCGACACUCCAAAGGACUGCAGAUCUUGGGCCAGACCCUCAAGGCCAGCAUGCGAGAGCUGGGACUCCUCAUCUUCUUCCUCUUCAUCGGGGUCAUCUUGUUUUCCAGCGCCGUGUACUUCGCCGAGGCCGAGGAGCAGGAUUCCCAGUUCGGCAGCAUCCCCGAUGCCUUCUGGUGGGCGGUGGUGUCCAUGACCACGGUAGGCUACGGCGACAUGGUGCCGGUCACCAUCGGGGGCAAGAUCGUGGGGUCCCUGUGCGCCAUCGCCGGCGUGCUGACCAUCGCCCUCCCGGUGCCCGUCAUCGUGUCCAACUUCAACUACUUCUACCACCGGGAAACGGAAGGCGAGGAGCAGGCGCAGCUCCUCAACGUCAGCAACCCCAACAUCCCGUCCGACAGCAACUCCAGCCGCCGGAGUUCGUCCGUCGUCAGCAAGUCCGAGUACAUGGAGAUCGACGGCGACCUCAACAACAGCAUCGACAACUUCCGGGAGGCCAACCUGAGAACUGGGAAUUGCACCAUCGCCAAUCAGAACUGUGUGAACAAGAGCAAGUUGCUGACCGACGUUUAGGCGCCGCGACCCAGGAGACCGCCGCCGGCCGCUUAGCUUGAUCGCGGCUGCGUUCACACUUCGUAUGCGUGGUUCGGUUAAAGAUGACUCUGGAUUUGAACCGGGUCGUCAUCGGAAGCAAACAAGGGGGACGACACGCGUGGUUCCGUUCUCCGUCAACGCCUAACGGAUCGCUACGCCCAAAUGGCGAGCGCGACUAAGCAAAUGUCUGAACGACAAAAGCGAAUCCACUCGGAUUCAUUCCUAAUUCCUAGUAUUUGGCUUGGUUGCACGGCGGUCCGGUGGUUAGCACGCAGACCUCACAGCUAGGAGACCAGGGUUCAAUGCCACCCUCGGCCAUCUCUGUGUGGAGUUUGCGUGUUCUCCCCGUGCGUGCGUGGGUUUUCUCCGGGUACUCCGGUUUCCUCCCACAUUCCAAAAAAAACAUGCUAGGCUAAUUAGCGACUCCAAAUUGUCCAUAGGUAUGAAUGUGAGUGUGAAUGGUUGUUUGUCUAUAUGUGCCCUGUGAUUGGCUGGCCACCGUUCCAGGGUGUACCCCGCCUUACGCCGGAAGACAGCUGGGAUAGGCUCCAGCACCCCCCCCCCCCCGGUAGAAAAUGAAUGAAUUUUAAAUGUUUUAAAUGUUUGGUCCGGCCGCACCCCAUGUACCCCGUGUACCCUGCGGCUCUCGCCUUGGAGCACCGACGUACCCCCAGAGUACCGAACCACCAAAAGUGUGAACGCAACCUCAGGCUUCGGUGAGGCCUCACGUCUCCUUAGAAGUUAAGAGUAGUUAGAUAGGCUAAUGAAUUCUUCUAAUCCUGCAUCUAUGUACCGCCCCCCACCCCCGGCCCCGGCCCCGGCCCCCUUCCAGAAGGACACUGAUAACCUCAUGUAUGCUAGGUGUUAGGAUGCAGAGCACACUCGUCUUAUCAGGCAACAUCAUGCAUGGACAACAAAGCUUCUGCAGCCAUGCGGCUUGAAAAACACCCGACUCCCACCCACCCAAUCGCCCACUUCCUCCACCACCACCCCCCUCGGAAGGAUCUAAAAAGCACCUUAUAGGAGGAAGACCCAUCUGGAUGUAAACAACCCCCCUCCCCCCCUUCCUGGACUUCCGCAGUGGAGUCGUGAUCCCAGGGGCCGCAACCACAGGCUUCACGCAUGAUGCCUUGACUUCCCAUCGUGACGCAUGCAACGACACUACGACACGUAGGGUACCACCCCCCCGCAACCGGGGUGGCCCGCUUUUGGACCGCCCACAUUUUGCCACAUAUGAAUACGGCUUUGAUUUGCCACGUGGAGAACUUUGAACGUGGACUGACGUCAUGAAGGAGAUCAUCGCAUGAUGACCAACGUAUGCAUUAUGAUCUAUGACAUCAUAUUUUAUAUUUACUCUAUGGACAUGACUUCCUUUUAUAUCCUGCCAUAUUUAGUCACGCAUGACAUGAGUAAGCAAGCUUGUUCAACUCAGGCACUCUGCGUGUCCUUUGGUCUUGGGUCAGGGAAAACUAGGAAUCCAGUCCUUGCAUCGCAUUCACGUGUACCCCAACCCAGAACCUAGCGAGUACUUAACGACACUAAUUAACACUAAGACUGCAUUUAAUCAGAAGUAAGCUAUGAUAGCGACAUAGCGCAGUGCAUGACACAAUUAGCUGUGCUUCCAUUUCCACAAACGGGAAUUCUUGGGAUGAUCGGGAAUGAUAUGAGUUGCUAGUGCCUUUAUUCCACUCACCACCAGGACCAGUGGAAGUGCCUCUCAAGUCCUAAAAAGGGAUCUGUCAAGUCAUGCAGACCGGGUUGACAUGUUAGUAAUACAAUAAUAUUCAUAAUAAUAAUAAUAAUAAUAAUAACUCAGCUGCACGCAGGUUGAGUGGUUAGCACGCAGACCUCACAGCUAGGAGACCAGGGUUCAAUCCCACCCUCGGGCAUCUCUGUGUGGAGUUUUCUCCGGGUACUCCGGUUUCCUCCCACAUUCCAAAAACAUGCUAGGUUAAUUAGCCACUCCAAAUUGUCCAUAGGUAUGAAUGUGAGUGUGAAUGGUUGUUUGUCUAUAUGUGCCCUGUGAUUGGCUGGCGACCAGUCCAGGGUGUACCCCGCCUUACGCCCAAAGACAGCUGGGAUAGGCUCCAGCACCCCCACGACCCUCGUGAGGAAAAGCAGUAGAAAAUGAAUGAAUGAAUAAUAAUAAUAAUAAUAAUAAUAACUCGGCUGCACGCAGGUCGAGUGGUUAGCACGCAGACCUCACAGCUAGGAGACCCGAGUUCAAUCCCAACCUCGGCCAUCUCUGUGUGGAGUUUGCAUGUUCUCCGGGUAUUCCGGUCCAUAUUCCAAAAACAUGCUAGGUUAAUUGGCCACUCCAAAUUGUCCAUAGGUAUGAAUGUGAGUGUGAAUGGUUGUUUGUCUAUAUGUGCCCUGUGAUUGGCUGGCGACCAGUCCAGGGUGUACCCCGCCUUACGCCCAAAGACAGCUGGGAUAGGCUCCAGCACCCCCCGCGACCCUCGUGAGGAAAAGCGGUAGAAAAUGAAUGAAUGAAUGAAUGAAUAAUAAUAAUAAUAAUAAUAACUCGGCUGCACGCAGGUUGAGUGGUUAGCACGCAGACCUCACAGCUAGGAGACCCGAGUUCAAUCCCAACCUCGGCCAUCUCUGUGUGGAGUUUGCAUGUUCUCCGGGUAUUCCGGUCCACAUUCCAAAAACAUGCUAGGUUAAUUAGCCACUCCAAAUUGUCCAUAGGUAUGAAUGUGAGUGUGAAUGGUUGUUUGUCUAUAUGUGCCCUGGGAUUGGCUGGCCACCAGUCCAGGGUGUACCCCGCCUUACGCUCGGAGACAGUUGGGAUAGGCUCCAGCACCCCCCGCGACCCUCGUGAGGAAAAGCGGUAGAAAAUGAAUGAAUGAAUGAAUAAUAAUAAUAAUAAUAAUAAUAAUAACUUGGCUGCACGCAGGUCGAGUGGUUAGCAUGCAGACCUCACAGCUAGGAGACCCGAGUUCAAUCCCAACCUCGGCCAUCUCUGUGUGGAGUUUGCAUGUUCUCCGGGUAUUCCGGUCCACAUUCCAAAAACAUGCUAGGUUAAUUAGCGACUCCAAAUUGUCCAUAGGUAUGAAUGUGAGUGUGAAUGGUUGUUUGGGAUAGGCUCCAGCAUCCCUGCGACCCUCGUGAGGAAAAAGCGGUAGAAAAUGAGUGAAUGAAUGUAUCACAUUAUGAGCCACGAGUGGGUGAAAAAAUACAAAAUAAAGCCCCCCCCCACCCCCCCAACCUGCUCUUACUACGCACAAGCUGGUCUUCAUGCCCUGGCCGCCUAACGAAGCAGCAGCAACGUAAUGUACUUCCCACUUGAACCAAUCCAAAUCAAAAAGGGAAUAUUUCCAACUUUUGGGCCAUCGUUUAGUCAUGCCUGGCUUGUUUUUUCUACCAUCCUUUUUCAGGGUCUCUACCUCAGUGAGGUCAUUGCAAAGUUGCUGCAGAGGCGCAUGCAAGCUUCCAUGCAGGGCUUCCUUCCAACGCUGGGGCGCUAAACCCGGCCAUAACGCUCCAAAACUGCAGUGCUGCAAUAUUGAAUGUGAGCGUCCCGAAGCAUCACCACCUUUACACGAGCACUUAAACGAGAGAGGGAGGGAGAGAGAGAAGUGUAUCACCAUCAUGCUCCAUCCAUUUCUUUUGGGUUCCGUUGAUGAAGCUACGCACAAUCAGAAUGUUGAUUUUUACAAAGAUUGUUUGAACUCUCCUUCCUGAGGGACUCUUUUUAUAUACGUGGCUUUUCUUUAACGACACACGCACACACGCAUCCACGUGCACGCGCACACGUGCACGCACACACACACACACAGGCUUGGUAUCAUCCACUGCAGCUGUCGGGCAUUACGACCAAACAAUUUGCACUCAGCCAUUCUUUGGUUUCAAUGAUUGUGUUUGCUAUUUGUGCUAAGAAUUGUUUGGAAUUUUCAUAUUGCACUAUUCAUUUUUAUAUCUUUUACUGUUUAUAUUUUAAAUUAUUUCUAUUCAUGUUUUAUUUAUUUUCAGUUUUUUUUUUUUUUUACUAUUUUUACUAUUUUUUUUUUUUUUACUAUUCAAUUGUUCCAGAUUUAUUUUGUUUUUUACUAUUUAAUUGUUCCAGAUAGGUCACUGUAGCUGGGCUGCAAUUUAACCAAUGAAAAUUAUUAUUUUUUAUUAUUAUUUAUAUUAUAUUUAUUCAAUUAUUAUUUUUAUUUAACGUAUUCAAAAUAUGAAUAUAAAUGUCACAGUUUAAAGGUGUAACACAUGGCAUUGGAAAUCAAUUUUUACCAAAAUAUAUUUAUUCAUAAACGUGUUAUUUUAUUAUUUUACAUUAUUUUACGUUAUUGUUGUCGGUAAGCUCAUGGAUGUUUGAUCCAAAACAUAUCAACUCAUGGAUUCUAAUGUUUAUUUCUGUAAUUAUGUAUUUGUUUCAGAUUUUCAUUGUAUUUUGGUUGGCUUUUGAAUAUUGAAUAUUCAUUUGGCCUUUUCAUGUUCAUUCAUCGAUGUGUGUAUUAUGUGUUAUUAUGUAUUAUAUUCCUUUCCAUUGAAUGCAUUCAUACAUUUCAUUUCUAUUUGAUCUUAUUUUGACAUUUUUCAGAUUGGCCUGCAGUCAGGCUCCAAAAUGUCCCAUGGAUGGAUUCAUGUUUCAAUGAUAUAUUUAUAGAAAUAUGAGCUAAUAUAAUUGACCAAAUUUGAUGUGUUUAUAUUUGAUUGGAUCAUCAUCAUCAUCAUCAUCAUAAGUGUUCUGGACAGAUUGGCUGGAAUGCCACGUAACCCCCCCCCCCCCAGGAUAUUUCUGUGCAACGUAGUCCUGCUUGUCCCCCCAAAGUCUUGGACAUUAAAGGAGUCAGGAGUUUGACUGCAGCGUCAUGAGAAUGUCAGAGUCUUGCCGCAGUGUCUGCCCUUCCCGUGCCCUUGGGCAGGAUGACUUUUUGUUACGGUUAGCUUCCUUCUUUGGGGUUUUAUCCAAAGGUUACUUGCUUCCUGUCUAACUUCCUGUACUGUACGCUGACGGGACUCCAUGACCGCGAUGGGAUCCUAUCGUUGAAGGGUCAGCUGACCCUGGCUUAGCUUAGCUUAGCAUUGCUGCUGCUGCUGCUGCACUUUGAACGGUGCUACGCAUUCCACACCAAAACAGUCAUGGACUCGAACACCACUACUUUCUUUUUGCCUGAAAAGAUCUACUUUCCGUUGGUGGUACACUUUCCUGGAGAAUCACAGCCCGCCGUGCGCUUGUAGCCACGACCGUGACCUAUUUAUUCAAGUCAACAAUGGUAACGGUUUGAUUUCAUUUGAACAUGCAUCAGAUUCCAAUUGAGUGCAUCCCAUAAUCAGUUCCCAGUUCCACAUGUCCAAAAGGAGUAGGAAGAAGCAAAGCUUAUUAAAUCCUACCCCUCCAUCUGGUACUUUUACAAUCACUAACUCUUACAUUUGUUCACUUCCUGCUUUCAUAAUAUAGUUUUUUUUUUUAAUAAUGUACCUCGUACGGAUGUACUCGGUGUUUGGCUCAUCGUUGUGCAUUGUUUGAUUUCCUUACUCAAUCCAUUCCAUAGUUUGAUUCCACAUCCUGAAAUGCUAUGGCUAGCAUAACGUAGUCCUAGCAUAGAAGUGUUUCAAAUGUACUUCUUCCCUGAGAUCAUAUUUCUCCUCUCUUGUAGAGAAGUAUUGGAUGACAUUUUUAGCUAAUUGCUUAUUUUUAGCCUUAUGCAUUAUUUGAGCUGUUUGAACAUGAACUAUAUCAGCAAGUUGAACAAUAACAACUAUGCUAUAAGGCAAGGAAAUAGGCAUAACCAGAUAUACUAAAGUAUAUCUAAAAAGUAUAUACUAAAGUAUACUAAAAAUGUGCUUUGAUGACCUUUUUCAGUUGGAAUGGAAAAGAGCCACUGUUGCUUAUCCGGGUCAUGGAAGUCCGCAAAGGUUGAAUGGAGGCGACUGGACUUUCACCCAAAAGGCUUCUUCACUUCUGCGUUCCAAGGGUGGCGUUAUGUCCCCGGUUGGGGGUGCUUGAACCGCGGAAUGAGACAGUCGUUGGGGGGUGAUCGGUGAUGGCACGCCUGGCCUUCCUGGUUGUUAGCUUAGUUCUGAUGACGACUUCUGAGGUGACGGAAAAGUCCAAUGGAUGAGAGUCGCAGGGUUUAUUGCGGUCCUUCUCAGCUGGUCCUCGUAUCUCCGCUUUUGCCGGCCGUGAUGUUGUCGACCGUGUAGCAGUUGUCGUGGACGUCUGUCGUCCGGUAUUCUGAUGGUGCGGUCGGUUCAUCGCAGUUGGCCCCCAAGAAAGGUGGCCUCCUUGCUCUCGGUUCCGGUUCAAUCCAGGAUUUCCACGUGAGGGACAUGAUCUCGACAUGUUAGACCAAGGAUGAGCUGGAGAAACUCGAUGUGAGACUGCGAUUCAUGGUAGACCGCCACCUUGGUGUGUAUGCUAAGGUCUUUGGGGGCGGCUGAGGUAGAUCUAACCAACAUUACUGUCUGGGACUAAUGCCAGGGGUUUGCCGUUGCCGUUAAAGACGGGUCAGGAGACAAUAGGCGAAUUCCACCGAACAGAGUACCUCUGUUUUUACUGCGUUCACACGGAGAUCUUCAUAGCAGCUCUUGACGUUGCCUGCAGAGUCUCUGAUUUACGUGCCUCAAAGUAGCCUCCAUUUUUCACAGUUCUGACCCCGGUAGGUUCCCAUCCAAGUUCUUUGUGCAGUAGCCAGAUGUUGACCGGUACAGGGGCAAACACGGGUCAUCUAACACCGCCACCAACUGUGAAGGAUCUAGCUCUUUCGCAAUCACGCCAACCAGGGACAUAAACAGCUAGACUCCACAUGUCAAAUGUGGGAACUGAAGACAACAAACAAAGAAUCCAGUUGCCUCCACCCAACCCUUGCAAGGGGAUAUUAUAUUUCCUGCAUAUUUCCAACCGCUAAAGCUGCUAUCCUGAAUCCGUACGGAGGAACGCACUGCAUGGUCCACAGACGACUGCAUGAGCUUUGCCUUUCGGGACUGUACAUCCAUUCAUGACAUGAUUUUUGAUUGUGGUUUGAAGUUUUUGGAAAGAAAUUCCGUGCUCCCUUGUGCCCCCGUGUUAGCGUCGUGACCCCGUCGCAGGGUUUUGAACACAAGCGUGGGCAUUUAAGGGCUAGUUUCUCAAACUGAACUCCCUGCAAGCCGUGCCCUGCUUCGUUCUUCAGUUCCAUGAGUUCAUCAGAAGUUGGGCCACUUUGGAGCAAAAAAAAACAAAGACUAACAAACAAACAAACAAAAGACUUUGGAACUCUUGUCUUCAUCUUUCCAGCAAAGCGAUUGUAUCCGAGCGCCAUCGGCAUCUUUUAGGAUUAUGCUACAGCUGCUACAGCGUCUACAGCUGCUACAGCGUCUACAGCGUCUACAGCGUGCGACAACAAAACGGCAUGGUCUGUGAUCUAUGCAAGGGUACUCAUUCCUUUCCUUUCUUCAACUCCUUCACUUGUCACUUCAUCUUCUAUUUACUCAAUAAAUUUUCAAGGAUGGGAUGGUGUCUCCUUGUUCCUGAAGCCAAGGAAGGUCUCCCUGCGUCUGCCCGUCCUUGUGACAAAGAUGCUGGCAUCUCCUUCCGCCGUGGUCAUCUGUUUCCCGUUUGUGUUCCACAGCGGAAGAAGAUGCGAGCGUCUUCACGUCCAUAAGAAUGGACACAUAACAACGCGCUAGCGCUAGCUUAGCAAGCUGACUCCAUCGCUAGCCUCGCCAGUUGACUUAUUGUAAUUCUAAUCCUAAAAUAAAUACUACUUCCACACCAAAUAAGAGGAUUUUUUCCCAUUCAAUUUCAGCCAUAGCAUGUCAGCUAGGCUACGCUAGCUCAAUAGACCUUCUCCGUGCAGAGUGGAAGUUAAUGUCAUUUCAUAGCACCACUUAUUGACUACCAUACUACUUAGAACUAUAGAAUCGCAUGGUUGGUAAUGCUAACGGUAAUUUUUUUUCAACUGUUACA